CUCGAGACGAUUUCCACUUGGAUGAUGACAGUGGCUCGGACGGUUUUGUUGUUCCUGUCAAGGGUAAGAAGAACGCUGCUCCUGUCAAGAAGGCCGUUGCAUCUUCCUCGAAGAUCACCAAGCUGCCACCUCAAAGAAACCCGCCCCCAAGAAGGCGCCUCUGGCCACAAAAAAACAUGCGCCCAACGAUUCCAUCUCCGAAGAUGACUUCCCCGGCUCUUCUCCAGCCAAGACAGUAGCUCCAGCCAGAGCUUCGUCCGACGCAAUGGAUGUCGACGAGAUAGAUGAGGGUCCUACGGGGGCCAAGAGAAGUGCGUCGGAUAUGUAUCAGAAGCUGUCUCAGCUGGAACACGUCCUCAAGAGGCCGGACUCUUACAUCGGCUCUGUAGAGGCUAUCACACAGAUGAUGUGGGUUCUCAAUGCAGAGACAAAAACUAUGGUAUUUCGGAAUACAACAUUUGUGCCUGGAUUCUUCAAGAUCUUCGACGAGAUCCUUGUGAAUGCGGCCGACAACAAGAUCAAUGACGCUACGAUGGACACCAUCAAGAUCCACAUAGACCGUGAAAAGAAUCAGAUUAGUGUACAUAAUAAUGGUCGGGGUAUACCUAUUGAAAUGCACAAGAAGGAGGGCAUCAUGAUCCCGGAGUUGAUAUUUGGUCAUCUUCUUACGUCGAGCAACUACGAUGAUGACCAGAAAAAGCUUACCGGUGGACGUAAUGGGUAUGGUGCCAAACUGGCAAACAUUUACUCGCUCGAGUUCAUCGUAGAAACGGCGGAUAAAACGAAUGGAAAGAAAUACAAACAGGUUUUCAGUCACAACAUGGGCAAGAAAUCUCCGCCAAAGAUCACCGACAACAAGAAGGGCGAAGAGUAUACUCGAAUCACGUUUACCCCUGACCUGAAGCGGUUCGGCAUGAACGGUAUUGAUGAUGAUACCUACGCUCUCCUGACAAAGCGAGUGUACGAUGUGGCAGGGACCGUCAAAGAUAUUAAAGUUUAUCUCAACGACGAACGGCUGAAGAUAAAAGGGUUUAAGCAGUACGUGGAAAUGUAUCUGAACGCGUCCACGCAGGCCAUAUCUGACGCUGCUGGUGGCGCAGCGGUACCAAAGCCCACCAUCAUAUAUGAAUCUCCAAACAAGAGAUGGGAGGUGGCCUUCGCCCUCUCAGACGGGGAAUAUCGACAUGUCUCCUUCGCCAAUUCAAUUUCGACCAUCAAAGGUGGCACGCACGUUGACAUGAUCUCAACUCAACUCGCCAACAAGCUUAUGGAUCAAAUAAAGAAGAAAAAUAAAGCUGCUCCGGUCAAGGCCUUUCAAAUAAAAAAUCAUAUGUGGAUCUUCGUAAACGCCUUGGUUGAAAACCCCGCCUUCGACUCCCAGACAAAGGAGACUCUCACGCUCAAAAGUUCCGCUUUCGGUAGUCGCUGCGAGCUGUCCGAAGACUUUGUGAAAAAAGCAGUCUCAAAGUCCGGUAUCAUUGACAACGUCCUCAACUGGGCCAAGUUCAAGCAAGAUCAGAUAUUGAAGAAGUCCGACGGCGCAAAACGCUCCCGUAUUUCGGGCAUUGUCAAGUUGGAAGAUGCCAACAAUGCGGGAGGCCGCAACGCCAGUCGGUGCACCUUGAUUCUCACCGAAGGAGAUUCCGCCAAAGCUCUCGCCGUUUCCGGUCUUGGUGUCGUCGGUCGCGAUGACUAUGGGGUGUUCCCGCUUCGAGGUAAACUUCUCAACGUUCGCGAAGCAGGUCAUGAUCAAAUCGUGAAAAAUGUUGAGAUACAACAUAUCAAGCAGAUUCUCGGUCUGAAACACAAUCAAGAUUAUCUUUCUACCGACAGUCUGAGAUACGGACAUGUCAUGAUCAUGACAGAUCAAGAUCAUGAUGGCUCGCACAUCAAAGGACUUAUCAUCAACUUCCUGGAUCACUUCUACCCGUCUUUGCUUCGCAUCCCCGAUUUUCUUGUCGAAUUCAUCACUCCCAUCGUCAAGGUGACCAAAGGCAAACAGGAGAUGAGUUUCUAUACUAUGCCACAAUAUGAAGAAUGGAAAGCAGCACACAAUGACGGGCGCGGGUGGGACGCCAAAUAUUACAAAGGUCUCGGUACCAGCACCUCGGCCGACGCGAAAAAAUACUUUUCGGCUCUGGAAAGACAUCGACUAGCCUUCGAGACGAUGAAAAACGAAGACCGAGCUCUCAUUGAUAUGGCAUUCAAUAAGAAGAAAGCGGAUGAUCGGAAGGAAUGGCUCAGGCAGUUCAAACCGGGCACUUUCCUAGAUCAUGAUGUCCACACUGUCCCAAUCUCAGACUUUGUCAACAAGGAACUCAUCCUCUUUUCAAUGGCGGACAACAUCCGAUCGAUCCCCUCGGUGGCCGAUGGUCUCAAGCCCGGACAGCGCAAAGUCCUCUUUGGCUGCUUCAAACGAAAUCUGACAAAAGAGAUCAAGGUGGCUCAGUUAGCAGGAUACGUCUCUGAGAAGACUGCGUAUCACCACGGGGAGCAAUCGUUGACCUCCACAAUCGUCGGGCUCGCUCAAAACUUCGUGGGAAGUAACAAUAUCAAUUUGCUUGCACCCAACGGUCAAUUCGGGACCCGUAUCGCUGGCGGUAAGGAUGCUGCCAGCGCUCGUUACAUCUACACGGAAAUUCCUCGAAUGACCCGAGCAAUCUUUCACUCCGCCGACGACGGUCUCUUGGACUAUAUGCUCGAGGAUGGUAUGGGUAUCGAACCUGAUUACUACCUGCCCGUAGUCCCGUUGGUUCUUAUCAAUGGUGCUGACGGUAUUGGGACCGGUUGGUCUACGUCCAUUCCAAAUUACAAUCCUGUCGAUAUCGUCAAUAACUUGCGUAAAAUGAUGCGAGGUGAAGAACCGGAACGUAUGAAUCCCUGGUUCCGAGGAUUCAGGGGCAGCAUCGAACGAGUGGAGCAAGAUAAGUACAAAGUCAGCGGGAUUAUCGAAAAAGUAAACAACAACACGCUGGAGAUUACAGAGCUUCCGAUACGCAAAUGGACGCAAGACUUCAAGGAGAUGUUAGAAGAGAUGACUACGGGCACGGACAAGGUGCCUAGCACAGUGAAGGAUUAUGAGGAGCAUCAUACCGACACCACCGUCCACUUCCGUUUGCAUCUCGCUGAUAAUCAUAUGAGAGCAGCCGAGGAGGAGGGUUUCGAGAAGAGAUUUAAGAUGUCGACCACCAUCAGUACGAGCAACAUGGUAUGCUUUGACAUGAACGGCAAGAUUAAAAAAUACUCCUCUGCCGAAGAGAUAUUGUCAGACUUCUUCCAUAAGCGCCUCGAAUUCUACGCGCUCCGUAAGCAACAUCUUGCCGACGAGCUCAAUAGACAAUUCGAGAAACUCUCCAAUCAAGCGCGUUUCGUACAGAUGAUCAUCAGCAAGGAGUUGUCAGUCUCGAACAAGAAGAAGGCGGUUCUCGUAGCCGAAUUGCGUACCCUCAACUUCAAACCCUUCCCCAAGGGCAAGAAGAAGGACGAGGGUGAAGUUGAACCCAAUCUGGAAGAGGAAGAUGAGGGGCAAGCUAGCGAUUAUGAUUAUCUGCUCGGCAUGGCGAUCUGGAGCUUGACGGCAGAAAAGGUGGAGAAGCUCCUGGCUGAGAGAGACGGCAAGGAACAGGAGCUGAUCGAAUUGUUAAAGUUGUCGGCUCAGAAUCUAUGGGACCGAGAUUUGGACAAAUUUCUGUCCGAGUGGGAAAGCUUGCUCUUGGACGAUGUCUCAGCUGCGAAGACCAACAAGCCCAAGACGAAAGCUGCUCUCAAAGUGGCGGAGAAGAAGAAACGGAGGGCCAACGGGGAGGACUCGGAUGAAUCUGAUUCGUUCAUGCCGACCAAGGCUAAGCCCAAGCCAAAGCCAAAAGCGAAAGCCUCGCCAGUCAAGGUCUCGCCUUUGAAGAGAGAGAGUGCACACUUAUCUGCUGGUGAUGAACCGCCUGCCAAGAAGGCCCCUUCCUCAAAGCCAGCGGUCAAAACCAAGCCCAAGCCUAAGAUCAUCCACGACGAGGAUUCUGAUGAUGAAAUAUAUAACAUACCUGCUCCCAAGGCCUCGAGUUCGAAAGCAAAGAUCCCCCUGGACGACGAGGAUGAGUCUGACAUUGAGGUGAUGUCGCCUCCGAAGGCGGUCAAAAGCAAGCCCGCUCCCAGAGCUACGACCAAAAGUAAGAAGGCCGACUCGGACUUUGAUGAGGACGACUCGGAUGACUUUGUACCGGCACCUAGGGCGGCACCGAGGACAGGCAGAGGGGCGACGAAGAAGACAGCCUACGUGGAGAUGUCUGACGACGAGGACGAUUAGAUGCAGCUGCGAGCCGAGUGUGACAUGGCUAUCUAACGACUGUACAUAUAGGCUCCAUGAUUGUGAUGCUAUGCUAUCCGAAG